GUUUGUGAACGCAGCGACCUGCGCUUGUCAACUCUGUGCCCGACCAAACAAGCAUCCUGUGCAGCUGCGAUGACGGAGGGGUGGAUUCGAGCAGCGGUCGAGGCCAUCCACUCCUCCCCCACCCAGUCUGUCAUCUACCUCUCCGGCGGCGCUUCCCAGGCGCUUGGAUGGCUGAUGUCCAUGCCAGGGGCGUCCAACACGGUUCUUGAAGUUGUGGUCCCCUACUCCAGGAAAUCCAUGAUUCAACUGCUCGGAAAGACUCCUACACAAUUUGCUAGCCUCCAGACAGCAGAGGAAAUGGCCUUGUCAGCAUACAAUCGUGCUUUAAAGCUUUCACGAGCAGGUUUGCCAGUUUUGGGUGUUGGGUUUACAGGGUCUUUGGCUACUACAUACUCAAAGCAUGGUGACCACAGGUUUUAUAUGUCAACACGAACGUUCGAUUGUCUUUGGACAUCAAGUGUGACUUUAAAUAAAGGUUUGCGGACUCGAGAAGAAGAGGAUAGAGUUUCUAGUCAUUUAUUGUUGAAGGCAAUUUCAAAUGCAUGCAAAGUUCCUGCCACCAUUAAAUCAGAAUUGUAUGAAUCUGAAAUAGCCAGUGAAUAUGAAAUGCGAAUUAAUGAGGAUGAGGAGCUGCAGCAAGUUAUCGAUGGGAUUCUUUGUAUGAAGAGAUAUGAUUUUUUCUGUGACCAGAAUGCUUCAACUUCAGAUAGGAUGAUAAUAUUGUCGGGCUCCUUUAAUCCAUUGCAUGAUGGUCAUUUGAGGCUUUUGGAGAUUGCUUCAAGUAUUUGUGGAAAUGGAUUUCCAUGCUUUGAGAUAUCAGCAGUCAAUGCUGACAAACCACCACUCUCUGUUGUUGAAAUUAAAAGGCGGAUAGAACAAUUUAGAAAAGAAGGCAAGAAUGUGAUUGUUUCAAACCAACCAUACUUCUACAAGAAAGCACAACUGUUUCCUGGGAGCACCUUUGUAAUUGGCGCAGACACUGCAGCGAGGCUUAUUAAUCCCAAAUAUUAUAGUGGAGACUAUAAUAGAAUGUUGGAGGUUCUUCUUGACUGCAAAAGUUUAGGGUGCACAUUUCUAGUUGGUGGCCGCAUGGUUGAUGGAGUUUUCAAGGUCCUUGAAGAUUUUGCUAUCCCUGAAGAGUUGAAGAGCAUGUUUAUCUCCAUACCGCAGGAUAAAUUUCGUGUGGAUGUUUCAUCAACCGAAAUAAGACAAAGUGGGAAAAUCUGACCCACAGUUGUUUAGUUUGAGAUCCAGCCAUAAGUAGAUUUGUGUUGAAUAUUAUAGCAAAAGGUGAUCACGUUCACCCCAGCUUACAUGGGCAAUGUGAGAUGCAAUCACAUCUUUAUACAAACAUACAAAUGAAAAAUGUCAAAAAGUGGAGCGGAAUAUCUUCACAAGGCUAUUUGGUUUAUUUUUAUGAAUUCUGUUUGAGACGGCCUUUCCAUUA